AUGUCAUGGGGUAUUGGCCUGUUGUGGAGGAAUCAUUGGCUGGCGUGGCACUAUAAACAGGGAUGGGACUUACCAGGUCAUAAUAUUGGGUGGGGAGAGAUAGUGGCAGUCGAGCUCGCAGUUUGGACAGCAAUUGCCCUGAGCUUGACUACAACCACCCUCCAACUCUGUUUGGACAAUCAGGGUGUCAUUGGGGCUUUGAACGCAGGGAAAUUGCACAACGCCAAAGAAAACCUGGUACUUCAGCAAAUCACAUCUCUUCUGCUUGACCGCGACAUUUGGCUAGACAUUGUCUGGGUCGCUUUGCCAGAUAACCUUGCAGACGCACUGUCACGCAGAAAAUUGGGAUGCAUAGAUUCAUUAAUCAAGAUUAUUCCUAAACUACCUGUUGAAUUACAUGACUCACUGUACAAGGUCACUGAUUUAAUAAUUUGA